CCGCCAUUGUGGUAAUUCCUCAGACUUCCAUUUUUUCACUCAAUAUCACAGCACCAUGAUGACUGGCCAACAAUCUGGCCAAAGCAGCAGAUCAUUCAUUGACGACUUGGUCGAUAUUAUCAGCGAACCUGUACUUGCACAGACGCCAAAGGACCCCAUCCCGAUGCUUUCGAAUGUCAAACAACAUCUCCACGAUGGCCCCAACGAUCCAAAGGCUGCUGUUGCCUACCCUUGUCGAUCCGUGCUUCCUGCGGGUUUCUGGUCUCAUGUGACCAACCCCCACGACUCCCCAUCCACUUUGACUACACAAGCUCCAUUACAACAUGUCAAUAUGCUUGUGCCCCAACCAGCUGACGCUGCGCCAUGCCAUGAUACGACCCAACAUGACAAACUCGACCAGAAUGACCAAGGCAACGAUGGAACCACAGCCAUUCUGUACGAUUACCCGCCUACUGUCUUGGCGAGUCUAUGGACCAAGGAUGGCUCCCAUGAACAGUCCAAGCAAAGCAGAUGGCAUGAUCAUCAGUUACCCCCCUCGGCUGCCAACGUGGUGGUUCAUGGCUGGGUGGAAUCUAACGGCGAGGAGUCUGGUGUUUCAGAUUCUGGCAACUUUCCACCUCAAACACGAACGACGACCACCACCGUCGACAUUGAAUGCAACGAGACCAACGCAGUUGACAUCGCCUUGUCGCAGUUUGUACACACCAACGUCGACGAAAAAGAUGCAGAAAUCGAUCGCCUGACCAAGCAAAACGAAUGCCUCGUGCACUUACUGCGCAAAGUGACGGCCAAAGUUAUGCAAAACCGCACCGACUUGGCGUUUUACCGCAAUAAGCUUCGGGUACUAAUGCGACCCGUACCCAAACCUGCGACAUCGGAAAUGUCCGUGCAGACCCACGAUGACGAUCUUGCUGACGAAGUGGAUGGAGGGCGCCCCCAGUCGGCGGACGUCGGGUCCCCCCAAAUCGAAGCACUGACGUGGCAACUCAAGGUAGCGUCUGCGAAAAUCCUCUCCCUCAGCACAUGCCUCGACGCAGCCAAGGCCCAGUUGGACGCCGACUCGACGUCGACGGCGGCCUUGACGAAAAAGUACCAAGCUGAAGCGGUAGCGUGGAAGGCGCAGUUGAUGGAAGCGCAAAAAGAAGCGAGUGCCCAUCGCUCGACGGUGCAGAGUCAAGAUGCGUUGGCGAGUGUCUUGUGUGACUACGUCGGUCGAUGCGGGAUCGCGAUUGAUCCAUCGAUGCCUGCGACGAAAGCUAAAGCGCUGCUGCAACCCCACAGAGUCGUGAGGCGAACACAUAAGGUCGUCGCGGAUGGCUUGUACGACCAAUUGACCGACAGCAUGACGAGGGAGCUGGCGUUUCUGUCGAAACUCGACGCGUUCGAUCCCACCGACUCGACAGCGUGCCACAGUUUGCUCAACCGGCGCCAGCACCACCGCGGUGGCAGCACACACGACGAUUACGUACGAGUGAAUUGCUAAUUGUACACUAUACAAUGGGCAUGUUUUGAGACUACCUUUUCGGCCUGUCACUAGGAAUACUAAAGUCGUGACUCACGGCGGGAUUGGCGAUACAGUGUCUUCGAAAGGAAUAUGUAGUUUUUGAUAAUAUAGUAUGUGCAUGACAUGCACUGCCAGUCGGUUGGCGACGCGCAAAGAAACUGUUUGUAGUAUUUGAGCAAUAUGGCCUGGGUUUGGUGUGGUUGGGCUAGUUGUGGCCAAGUUGGUUGGUCAUAUUGUCCUGGGCGUGGCAUCGGUCACAUAUUCGAGCGAGAUCGUGGAGGCCCCCGCCAAGGACGUGUCCUUUGUGCUUGGAGUGGGUGCUACACACACUUUCGCCGCACCGUCGGCAAUGAUGUCUUCGAUUCACGAUCGAGAACGCUGUGAAGCACAGCCCACACAUGGGCUUUUCCUUCCACCUCGACGGCAAUGUCACUGGAUGCCGCACGGCGCAGUGCGGGUACCCCGCCGCCGCCAGCGCCGCGAGCACUUCGUCCGAACACUGUGUCACAUGUCUCAACGCCUUGCCGCGGUGCAACGUCUCGAUGGCCCCUGGAACGGCCUUCAAGUACGAGUACACGACAUCAACCGGCAAGGCUGGGUGCAUGCACAUGUAGUGCAGAAGACUCAUGCCAUGUUCGUCCACUUCGUGGCCCAGCCGGGGCGAUGUUUGGACGGCGGCAAGGACAACCUCCCAUCGUCCGGCCGAUACGUCUGUCAAUAGCGUCGCUGACAACGACCACCACGCAUGCGACGACGAUGACGACAAUGCCAACGCCAGCAUCAAUCUGAACGUGACUGACCGUUUUGGGAUAGUGUGCAGCAGAG